GAUUUGUUUUUGAUGCGCUAGUUUUAACCAAUCAUCGAACUUCCACCUACCAAUGAAACGAGUUCUAGCCAAUCAGAUGCAAAGUAGGGCGGGUCCUUGCCGAAAUGCUAGAGUGCAGAGUGUGGUCUCCGUGGGAAAGCGGCUAAAAAAAUGUAGGUAGAGCUUCAGUUGAGAAAGGAGUUAAAACAAAUGUCGCUCGGCAUGAAUAGAGGACAAGAAAAAUGAAAAGGGUGGAGACGGAAAGCCGUUUAGCACUUGGUGCCUCAAAUUGAGCACCCGUCUGCAGCAUAUGUUGAAGGAAGAUGCUAACUGUACGGCAGCAGCGGUAAGAACGUUCUUGCUAGUCAGUAGAUGCUAGUCGCAAAGCUUCGGUUCGUGCACUCUGUCCUACGAGCACGUUACCGGUGUAACACCACAUUUUGUGACUGUAGGGGGCCCGCCUUCACUGACCGACCGUGUUUGGGAUAAAAACAAAACGUGUGCACGUUCAUAGCGGAACACGAUUUGUCAUUAACGAUGGCCACUGUCUUUAUUUAACUGCCUGUUAUUUAAACAUAACGGCCUUGUCCCAGAGUUUAGACGUCUAGUUAUAUGAAAAGCUAAACAAAGCGAAGUUUUUAAUAAAUGUACAUGACGCAGCUAAUGUCAACAUGGACAAAAUCAUGAAUGUACUAAUUUUUUUUUUUUUAUAAUGACCUGGCCAAACAUAACAACAUAACAACACAACAUCUACAAAGUUUUGUUUUCACAAUGAUUCAAUGUAGGAUUAUGAUAUUAUUGCAAUAUAAAAAUCUACAUUGACUCUUAUUUAAUAUAUGUUUGGAAUAAGUAAAAAUGUAUUCAAAACUUUUUACUUCUUAAAAAUUAUGACUUAUUGUGUAAUGUAAGUAGGACAUUGACUGUUAUGCCAGUCAAAUCAACUAUAUUGAGUGCAUAUCAAAACCCACCCCCCCCCCCCCCCCCCCCCCCCCCCCCCCUUCCAAAAAAGUUGCAGGCUCAGGGUUUUUUUCACUUUAAGCCCUGUGGCUAUUAAAGUUGACUGAAAGAUUUGCCUUGGACAUCACUACUGACAGCUUAUGUGAGCUUCUUUCUUCCACUAAUGAUGUAGAAAUGAUAUCAAUUUCAUUUAAAGCAGUCUACUGAAUAUAUUAGGAAGUAUUUAGCUUUUUAAAUUCAAUCAUUCCACUGACUGAUCAGUGUUUGGUAAGUAGGCACAUAAUGGACCAUCAUAACCCCACCAGUGUUUAUGACGGUAUUUGCGGUGAUGGACAUCUUAUUUACUUGCACGCCAAAUAUAAAACACCUGACCCUUAUUUUUUUUUAAAGAUUAUUUCUUAGGGCAUUUUAGGCCUUUAUUUAUAUAGGACAGCUUAGAGAUGAAAGGGGAGAGAGAAGGGGAAUGACAUGCAACAGAGGGCCGCGGGUCAGAGUUAAACCCGCGGCCGCUGCGUCAAGGAACCUCUAUAUAUGGACGCCUGCUCUACCAAGUGAGCUAACCAGGUGCCCCAUUUAUUCAUGAGUGAUGGCUGUCCCCACCAACCAUCACAUAUGUCUACUCUGAAGGUCUUUUUGUACUCCAAUAAGUCAAACCCUCAUGUUCAUCAACCUGUAUUCUCUUUUAGUAUGAUAUAUAUGACGAGGAUCCUCUCAUUAAAGAGAUUAGCAAAGCUCUGGCCAGACUUUCACUAAUGGACAGACUGAGCUGGAGUCUAGCCGCUUAGCCAAUAAUGGGGGGUCCAACAAAAUCAAAGAGGCCAAAGGUACCGGUCCCUCCAGGGCCAUUGAAGGGGAAUUUGUCCAGCAGACUUUGCCAUGGAGGAUUCCACUUGAGGCCCAAGACAAAACCAGUAAACCUAAGCAAACCCUGAGAGAAGGCUUGGAGGCCAUUCCAAACCUUUCCCUAAAAGGAGCUCGGAGGAUCUGGAAUCAACCGGUAUCAGAAGGACAGACAGCCUCUGUCCAGAGAGGAAGAGGACAAGAGUGGACAAAAUGGCAAUAAAGAAGUCUUCCUGGACUUUGCCACCUGAGGCGCAAAAGAAGAUGGCAACAACCAAAAUGAGUCCCAGUCCCACCACAUAUUUAAAGAGCCCUGGUGAAAAUUACAACAGAACCAAUCAGACUCAAAAAGAAGGCUUGAAGGACAAAGGAAAACCCUCCUAUAAAAGGAAAUGGGAAGAUUUCAAUUCAGCCGGUAUCAGAAGGCCAGACAACCUCGGUCCACAGAGAAAGAGGAGAAGAGUGGUCCUGAAACGUGUUCGGGCAGAUGGUGAGAUUGUCAUGAUUGCCAUGCCAAAAAAGAGAAAUAGAAGAAGAAACAGGAGAUGCCAUUUGAAGCCCGUACAGGGUGCAGAGGAAUGGCGACACCCAGAAUGCUCGGGUCACAAAGGACCUGGAGAAAAGACCUGGAGAGGAGGGAGCAAGAAGGCAAAGCAUGACGUGAGGUCUUGCUUUGACAAAAGGGGAAACACUGGCCCAAAAAACCCCAGCACCCCAGUUAACCGUCCCAGACCUUUUCCCAAAAAAGAGCGAUAUGGACCACCAGGCAGAAGAAACCCACAAAGCAUGCGUCAUCAGAGCCGCCGUCAGUGGGAAACACCUGGUCCGAUGUGCCGGGCCCCGGGCCAAGGGAGGGCCCAAAAGGUCCCUUGGCCAAAAAGGUCCUGGGCACGAGGAAGACACAAGGACCUGUGUGUCAUUGUCACUUUCUAA